AUGGAGAUUGAACUAACUCGCUCUGAAUAUAUUCAAGUUGGUGUUACAUCGCCCAAAACAACCAAAAUUUUACCUAUGGCUAAAGAGAAACAUGGCCAAAAGGUGGUAGUAGCGGAUCAUGAAGGAGCAGUAACUUGUUUUCAAAUGAAACGUGGCGAUGCAUCUAUUGUUUUUAAAACUUUACCUGGACCAAAAAUUACUCGGUUAGAACUUGGUGGGCCUUUAGGUAAUGUACAAGAUCGAAUUUUUGUAUCAUGUGGGCCUGAAAUACGGGGUUAUAAUAAAAAAGGCAAGCAAUUUCUCAACUUUGACACAAACUUAACCGAAAGUAUCCAAACCAUGGCAGUUUAUGGUAGUGAUUUAUUCCUCUGUGGCAACUACAUUUAUAAUCACUAUCGUGAUUGUAAAGAUUUUAAUUACUAUUUAUCUACCGAUAGAAUUAACGAUACUAUCUGUGUCCCAUCGGAACAGAUAGAUGACGUUAUCCCCAUUUUAGCAUGCCAAGAUAGAGUCUUGAGAGUGAUUAGAGAUUCAGAUUUAAGAUAUCAAGUUGACAUUAGUGGAUCACCGACAUGCACAUGCUUAAUGGAUCCCAAAGGUGAAAUCCUAUAUGGUACAUCUGAUGGGCUAUUUGGUGUUGUCCAUAUCGGACCGACGGAACCUCUACAUCGUUGGGAAUUACCUAAUGAUGAUAACCUUGGCGGCGUCCUAUGUAUGGAAUCUUAUGAUUUAUUUGAUGAUGGUAAAAAUGAAAUUCUAGUGGGUAGAGACGAUGGCUUAUUACAGAUUUACGGCUAUGAUGAGACUGGUGAUCCUGAAAUCAAGUGUAAAAGUACAUUUUCAGAAAGUAUAACAUCGGUGGCUGGCGGACGGGUAGCCAAUGUUAACGUUAAUGAAGCAGUUGUAUCGACCUAUGCUGGCUGGAUAACAGGAAUUUCUGUAGCUCAAAAUCAUCAAGGAGCCAACGGAGAUUACAUGAAAUCGGCCACGUCAGAAGAAAACCAAAUGAAAGUUGAUUUAUUAAAAUCUGAGAUUGAAGAGUUACAGGUAAGAAUUGCUAGAGAGCGAGAGAAUUAUCAAUACAUGGCUAGUACCGACAAUCGUGUUUCUGCAGUUCCUCAGUUUUCCAUUAACGACAAGUUUGUCCUAAAUGGCGAUGAUGCAAGUUACCACUUAACACUAGAGGUCCAAAUGCCGAUCGAUAAUGUUUUGCUGCAGAGUGAUGUUCCAGUUGAUCUACUAGAUUUGGAUAAAAAUUCGGCUGUCGUGAGCUUUAGUGACGUUGAUAUUGAGAAUGGUAAUCAUCUCCUAGCAACAUACCGAUGCCAGGCUAAUACUACAAGAUUGGAGUUAAAGAUUCGAUCCAUCGAAGGACAGUAUGGAACCUUGCAGGCUUAUAUUACACCUCGAUGCCAACCAAAAUCGUGCCAAGUCAGACAAUAUGACGUUAAGCCGCUCUCCCUUCAUCAAAGAAUUAGUGCCUUAGAUGAAUCAAGGCCUUUUAAUGUGCUACAGCUUUCCGGCCAAUUUAGCUUAGCAGAAAUUCAUUCAUGGAUUAACUUUUGUCUGCCGGAUAUGCCCGAAAGAGCUUCUGGUGAUUCCGUCAAUAUGGCUUUCCGCUCCACUUUCUUAGAUACUCAACUAGAAUGUCGAUACAAGAAGGGAGAGGGCAUCUUUCGAUCGGAUAACUUAUCUACAAUAGCAAUUUUGAAAGAUGUAAUGACCAAGGAAGCAACCAAAAAAAAGAUCAAUUUAAAUAUUUCUCACGAUAUAAAUGACGAUUCUAUUGCCCAUGCAUUAAAUAUUAUACACCCAAAGAUGGAACAGCAAUUAAGUUUAGCUAAGAGAGUACAAAUAAUCGACGCUCUGAAGGAAUUGGAAGUUAGUGAAGGUGGUACGACGUGUCUAUCAGAAAGUUAUAGAGAAAUUCUAGCAAAUGCUGAACAGCUACGAGAGGAAUUUAAGAAGCAACCAUCACGAUUAGAACGUUUAUCUGGUAUGAUUACUGAUUUAUACCUGGAUACAUACAAAUUUAAGGGCCAAAGUGUAAAAAACAAAGUGCCUGCACUGUUAGAAUUACUAAAUCACUACAACUUGGACUCAUUGAUUGAUUUCUUUACCAACUAA